CUGCACUGAUCUCAUUCCACACCCUUCGAGGCAGGGACUCUGGGGCAGAGAGGCAGAAAUGACAUCCAAUUUUUACCCCUUCUAAAAAAAUAUAUAUAUAUAUCAGAUUUGGAAAAUAUCCCUGCUCGUUUUCCACACACGAAAAAUGUACUUAAUGACUGUAAAGGCGGCUAAGUCUAAAUGGUGAAAGUUGAACGGAAAGGAUUAGAAACUGGAUGGACUGUUAUUGAAAAGAUAAAGGAACCCAAGGAGAGGGACAGUCUCUUGAAAGAGAAGAAACUUAAAGUAUUUGCCUGAAUAAAGAACAGAAGCAUAAGCAGAGGAAAGAUGGAUGCAAUGGGAUCAGCAGCCGAGGAGGGCACACAGAAGAAAAAAAGGAGACCCUUAGUACCACCACCCCCACGUCCUCCUCGGGCAUUAUUCUGCCUCGGACUUCAAAACCCAUUUAGGAAAUUUUGUAUAAAUAUUGUGGAAUGGAAACCUUUCGAGAUGAUCAUUCUUCUUACCAUUUUUGCCAAUUGUGUGGCUUUGGCAAUCUUCCUGCCGAUGCCAGAGGAUGACACAAACUCCACAAAUUCUGUCUUGGAGAAGGUUGAAUAUAUCUUCCUAUUCAUAUUUACUAUUGAAUCAUUUUUGAAGAUAGUAGCCUACGGAUUCAUAUUACAUACGGAUGCUUACUUACGAAAUGGGUGGAAUAUUCUAGAUUUCACCAUUGUUUCUGUGGGAGUUUUCAGUGUGAUCUUGGAACAGAUUAGCAAACUUCAGGGCUUACCUGCCCCCGGAAAAAGUUCUGGAUUUAAUGUCAAGGCACUGAGAGCUUUUCGUGUCUUAAGACCCCUGCGUCUGGUGUCUGGGGUACCUAGCCUUCAAGUGGUUCUUAAUUCUAUCAUUAAGGCAAUGGUACCCCUUCUACACAUAGCUCUUCUGGUGCUUUUCAUGAUUAUUAUAUAUGCAAUUGUUGGACUAGAGCUGUUUUCUGGAAAGAUGCACAAGACUUGUUAUUUCAAAAAUACAGAUAUAACAGCCACAGUGGAUAAUGAGAAACCUGCCCCAUGCAGUAGUACAGGUCAAGGCCGUCAGUGCUCGAUAAAUGGAUCCGAGUGCAGGGGAUGGUGGCCUGGGCCUAAUAAUGGCAUUACUCAUUUUGACAAUUUUGGCUUUGCCAUGUUGACUGUAUACCAAUGUAUAACUAUGGAAGGAUGGACAGAAGUACUUUACUGGGUUAAUGAUGCUAUUGGCAAUGAGUGGCCUUGGAUUUACUUUGUUAGCCUUAUCCUCCUGGGAUCCUUCUUCGUACUCAACUUGGUGCUUGGAGUCCUGAGCGGUGAGUUUACCAAGGAGCGAGAAAAGGCCAAAUCGCGAGGUGCAUUCCAGAUGCUGAGAGAACAGCAGGCAAUGGAUGAGGACUUGCGUGGGUAUUUGGACUGGAUUACGCAUGCAGAAGUUAUGGAUCCAGACAUGGAACCAGGAGAUGGAUUCUUACAGCUUGAGGAAGGUGGUUCAGAAACCGACAGUCUCUAUGAUAUAGAGGGAAUCAACAAAUGUAUCGCCUUUUUCCGUCAGUGGCGCCAUUGGCAUAGACUCCUUCGCCGAAAAAGUCGAGAUCUUGUGAAAUCCCGCUUCUUCUAUUGGCUUGUCAUUAUUAUGAUUUUAGUUAACACUAUCAUUAUAGCAACUGAGCACCACCAUCAGCCCGACUCUCUAACAAAGGCCCAAGACAUCGCGAAUGAAGUGCUAUUAGCUCUCUUCACCAUGGAGAUGAUUGUAAAAAUGUAUGCCCUUGGUUUCCAGUCAUAUUUUAUGUCACUUUUCAAUCGGUUUGACAGCUUCGUAGUCUGCACAGGGCUGCUUGAGGUCAUGCUAGUGGCCAGCGAUAUCAUGUCACCUCUUGGAAUAUCUGUUCUGCGUUGCAUUCGGCUACUUCGAAUAUUCAAGAUUACACGAUACUGGACGUCAUUAAACAACCUGGUGGCUUCUUUGCUGAACUCUGUCCGCUCCAUAGCAUCCCUUCUCCUCCUUCUAUUCCUCUUCAUGAUUAUUUUUGCUCUUCUUGGGAUGCAAAUGUUUGGUGGAAAGUUUGACUUUGAAGACCUUGAAGUCAGAAGGAGCACCUUUGAUACUUUUCCUCAAGCCCUUAUUACUGUCUUUCAGAUCUUGACCGGAGAGGACUGGACCUCUGUGAUGUAUAAUGGAAUCUUGGCUUAUGGUGGCCCAGCCUACUCUGGGAUGUCUGUCUGCAUUUACUUUAUCAUCUUAUUUGUUUGUGGAAACUAUAUCUUACUGAAUGUAUUUCUUGCUAUUGCCGUUGAUAACCUCGCAGAGGCUGAAAAUCUCACUUCUGCACAGAAGGCAAAAGCGGAGGAACGCAAACGCAAGAAAUUGGCAAGGGCAAAUCCAGACAAAUCAGAGGAAGAAAAGCUUCUCUUAGCAAAGAAAGAACAAAAAGCCAAAGGAGAAGGAAUACCUACUACAGCCAGGCUAAAGAUAGAUGAAUUUGAGUCUAAUGUCAAUGAAAUAAAGGAUCCUUAUCCAUCUGCAGAUUUCCCAGGUGAUGAUGAGGAGGAAGAGCCAGACAUCCCAAUAAGCCCUCGCCCUCGUCCUCUUGCGGAGCUACAGUUAAAAGAAAAGGCAGUGCCAAUGCCAGAGGCCAGCUCAUUUUUCAUUUUUAGUCCCACCAACAAAAUCAGAGUACUGUGCCAUCGUAUUAUCAAUGCCACCACCUUCACCAAUUUCAUCUUGCUGUUUAUCUUACUAAGUAGUAUCUCUUUGGCUGCUGAGGACCCCAUUCAACCAGACUCUUUCCGCAACAAGGUUCUUUCCAAGCUUGAUAUUGUUUUCACAGCGAUUUUCACAACUGAAAUUGUUCUUAAGAUGACAACAUAUGGUGCCUUCCUACACAAAGGAUCCUUCUGCAGAAAUUCUUUUAAUAUUUUGGACCUUUUGGUGGUUGGAGUUUCCCUCAUUUCAAUGGGCAUUGAAUCCAGCGCUAUCUCUGUAGUGAAGAUUCUCAGGGUAUUGAGAGUAUUGCGUCCCCUCCGUGCCAUUAAUCGUGCAAAAGGACUUAAGCAUGUGGUCCAGUGCCUAUUUGUUGCCAUUAAAACCAUUGGAAAUAUUGUCCUGGUCACGACACUUCUGCAGUUUAUGUUUUCUUGCAUUGGUGUACAGCUGUUCAAGGGUAAAUUCUACAGCUGCACUGAUACAACUAAAAUCACGGCGGAAGAAUGCAAGGGGUAUUUUUUUGUGGCAAAGGAUGGAAAUCCAGCUCAUAUGGAAGCAGUACCCAGAAUUUGGUCACAUAGCGACUUCCAUUUUGAUAACGUCCUUUCUGGCAUGAUGUCUCUUUUUACCAUUUCCACCUUUGAGGGCUGGCCACAGUUACUGUACAGAGCUAUAGACUCGCACGCAGAAGAUAUGGGACCCAUCUAUAAUUACCGCAUUGAAAUUGCAAUCUUCUUCAUUGUCUAUAUCAUCCUUAUUGCCUUCUUCAUGAUGAACAUCUUUGUUGGAUUUGUUAUUGUCACCUUCCAGGAACAAGGGGAGCAGGAGUAUAAGAACUGUGAACUGGACAAAAAUCAGAGGCAGUGUGUACAAUAUGCCUUGAAAGCCCGUCCGUUGCGGCGGUACAUCCCAAAAAAUCCACACCAAUAUAAGAUCUGGUAUGUGGUGACCUCCUCAUAUUUCGAGUACUUGAUGUUUUUUCUUAUUACACUGAACACCAUCAGCCUUGGUAUGCAGCACUAUGGGCAGACUCCAGAGUUCAGUUACGUGUCUGACAUCCUCAAUGUGGCCUUUACUGGAAUCUUCACAGUAGAAAUGUUUCUCAAGCUAGCAGCAUUUAAAGCAAAGGGCUAUUUUGGAGAUCCCUGGAAUGUCUUUGAUUUCCUGAUUGUUAUUGGAAGCGUAAUUGAUGUCAUUCUAAGUGAGAUUGACACGGUCCUUGCUCCCAGCGGUGGGCUGUACUGUCUCAGUGGCGGCUGCAAGCCCAGUGUUACCCCGGGUAUCCCUGCAACCCCAGGUGCUGAAGAGUCUUCUCGAAUUUCAAUUACUUUCUUCCGGCUGUUCCGUGUUCUACGUUUGGUGAAGUUAUUGAGCCGAGGAGAGGGAGUCAGGACUCUGCUCUGGACCUUUAUAAAAUCCUUCCAGGCACUUCCAUAUGUAGCCCUACUGAUUGUAAUGCUGUUUUUCAUCUAUGCAGUCAUUGGGAUGCAGGUAUUUGGCAAAAUUGCACUGGUUGAUGGAACACAUAUAAAUCGGAACAGCAAUUUCCAGACGUUCCCCCAGGCUGUGUUGUUACUUUUUAGAUGCGCCACCGGAGAGGCCUGGCAAGAGAUACUGUUGGCUUGCUCCUAUGGAAAACUGUGUGACCCAAUGUCAGAUUUCCAGCCAGGCGAGGAAUACACAUGUGGAACAAGUUUUGCAUACUUUUACUUCAUCAGUUUCUAUAUGCUGUGUGCUUUCCUGAUUAUCAAUCUCUUUGUUGCUGUUAUCAUGGAUAACUUUGACUACCUGACCAGAGAUUGGUCGAUUCUGGGUCCACAUCAUCUUGAUGAAUUUAAAAGGAUUUGGGCCGAAUAUGACCCUGAAGCAAAAGGAAGAAUUAAACAUUUAGAUGUUGUAACUCUUCUAAGAAGAAUCCAGCCACCCCUAGGAUUUGGAAAAUUCUGCCCCCAUAGGGUGGCUUGUAAGAGACUGGUCAGCAUGAACAUGCCGCUGAAUAGUGAUGGCACGGUUACCUUCAAUGCCACUUUAUUUUCACUUGUGAGGACAGCACUGAAAAUCAAAACUGAAGGUAACUUUGAACAGAGUAAUGAAGAGUUGCGAAUGAUUAUAAAGAAGAUUUGGAAAAGGACAAGCAUGAAGCUAUUGGAUCAAGUUAUUCCACCAAUUGGAGAUGAUGAGGUGACUGUUGGUAAGUUUUAUGCCAUCUUCCUGAUACAAGAACAUUUUCGAAAGUUCAAGAAACGGCAAGAAGAGUAUUAUGGAUACAGGCCAAAAAAAAGUGCAAAUAAUGUGGAAAUUCAGGCUGGUUUACGUACAAUAGAAGAAGAGGAAGGGGAAGGUGAACUACAACGUGCCAUUUCUGGAGAUCUGACCCCAGAGGAGGAAUUGGAAAGGGCUAUGGUAGAGGCAGCCAUUGAAGAAGGCAUUUAUCGGAGAACUGGUGGGCUGUUUGGGCAGGAAGACAGUUUUCAUGCUGAACCUGUCAGCCCUCACACAGCAAUUACCAGCCAACGACCCUUGCGAUUUUCAGAAGCUGGAAGUGAGGACUUGGAUUCUCCUGUAUUUCUACCAGAUCCUGUAUUUUUCCCUCCACCAAGAAGGAACCGUAACACAAACAACAGCACAAUUUCAAGGGGGUUGGACCAAAGACUAACAACUCCAGAUUUUGAAAGAGUACAAAGUGAAGAGCAGUGGGAUACCAACAGCACCAUAAGCCAGACAACAAACUGAAAGAAGGAGCUGAAUUGACAUUCCUUCUGAAGGAAAAAAAAGGCAUUAGCAACUAUGCCAUGACCUGAUUAUUACAUCAACAAGAUUGACAAACUGACUUUUCAUCCAUUUCUGAAGUGAAUCUGGAACUAGUAUUUUUUCCAGCAAAACAGAAAUGUGACUCGACCUCAUUUUAAUAUUAACUUAAUAAAUUAAAGUUCACUUGUUCUUUUGGAUUUUUAUAUAUAUGUUUUAUUUAUGUUUAAUUGUGUAUAUAAACUCUCCACCCGGUUCACAGCUAGAUUUCUGCAAACUGAAAAGUGACUUACUGUAUUCUGUUAUCUUGUGGGCAUUUCAUGUAAGCCCCCUGAUUUACCAUUCUUUUAGAAUACCCCGCAUUGCCUCUAAAAUCUUUACUAGCACUAAUCAGUUGUGAAAUAGAGGAUGCAAAUAUUAUCUCUACUCGUCCGAGAUAGCAUCUAAAAUUAAAGUUCUCUGGUGUGGAUAGAAAAGCCAGCCUCCCUUAUUUAGAAAUGAAUGCAGAUCUGAAAAGAGAAGAGUGGACUAAGAUUUUAAUACCAUGUACAGAAUGAUUGUAUCUUUAUACACGUAAUGUCUUUUUGCAGCAUUAUUGCUGUAUAGUGUACUGUGAAAUGCUUAUAAAUAUGCCCAAUGGAUGCCAUUAUCCAGCCACUUA